GGAUCAGUUAUGAAUCGAAUAUAUGAUUAUUCCAAAAUUUCCGAAUCAUUGCGAUUUUCAACCUUAAAAAAGGUUGCCCACUCAUCGUCUAAUAGAGUAACACAAGCUGACUGUGUCUUUUGGUUUGGUGAUUUGAACUUUCGUCUUCGAAGUAGAAAACAGUUGGAUGCGCUGAGUUCACCAAAGAAAGAGCAAAAAUAUACAGUGGAUUCUUAUUUUGAUCAGUUGCUUAUUGAUGAUGAGUUAACGUUGGAACGAUGUAAAGGUAUGUUUACUAUAUAUUGUUUUUUAGGUACUAUUUUCGAAGGUUUUAGUGAAGCAUACAUUAACUUUCCCCCUACUCACAAAUUUGUACUUGGAACUAACGAUUAUGUGAGUAAUCGAAUUCCAUCAUAUACGGAUCGAAUUUUGUAUCAUGAAAGUGAAUCAGAUCGUAUAAAGCCCAUAAAAUAUGAUUGUUUAUGGGAAGAAAAUUCAUCUGAUCACAAACCUGUUUUUGGCCUGUUUACAAUGCGUGUCUUAGAUCAUCAGUACCAAUCAGUUAAAUAG